UAUUUUUUUUAAGAAAACUAAAAUAUACAGUAGGCUAGUAAAAUCAUUCCACAAAUAUUUGCUUAUGUCAGUAAUAGCUAAUAAAACAAAACUCGGGGUAGCCUACAUUUUGACAUGUAAAAACAAUUUGAUUUAUAUUUUCCCAGCUUUAACUUAAAAUAAACAUGCCGGCUCCCAGGUGGAUCAUCCAGUAAAGGCGCUCCACGCGGCGUGCAGGAUGUGCUCUACAGCCUGGAGAUCGCAGGUUCGAAUCCAGGCUAUGUCACAACCGACCGUGACCGGGAGUUCCUCGAGGGCGGCGCACAAUUGGCUGAGCGCUGCACGGGCCGGGAGGGCUUAGGGGUCGGCAGGGGAAUCAACGGCUCACCGCGCAUCAGCGACCCCUGUGGCCGACAGGGCGCCUGUGGUUCUGCAGUGGAGCCACCAGAUCUGUGUUGUCCUCCGGCACUAUAGGUCUAUUGGCAUCGCUGUGGAUCUGCAGUGCGAAAAAUGAUGGCUUGGCAGGAGCACGUUUCAGAGGAUAUUUUGUGGUAGAAAGGUAAUCCUUAUUUUAUGCAGCAGUAUUUUCUUUAUGCUGCAUUAGCAAAAUUACGAUCUUGGCCAAUUGUUUUGUUUACACAUUGCAGACAAAAAAUACAAAAUAAAAUAAUAAUCGUUUGGAUAUAAUUUUGGGAUCUUGCAACAUUUACAGUUUGCUUCAUGUGUACAUUGACCGCUGCUGUCUGUCUGCAAUCCAAUUUCAAAUGAAAAACAGGCAGUCAAAGGAAGUCAGGUCAUCUAGUCAUCAUUUCCAGAAGCAGAUGAUGAAAUACAAUGAAAACAAUCACACAGCUCCCCCUGACAAACAGAAGGAUGAAGGAAAACAUCAAGCAACGGCGGUGCACUUUUCAGACCCCACUGCUGUUAAAGCUCCUCCAUACAGAUGGGCUGCAUUGCUCAUGGCAGGACUGUGCAUUCCCUCAGUGUCUGCCAUUAUAUUCCUCUCAGUCUACAUGCAUGUUUGUAAACCUCCCUGGCCAAAGAACUGGGAGCUGUUCAAUGGAAAGUGCUACUUCAUCUCAACUGAAAGUAUGAACUGGAUCUCCAGCCGUGAUAACUGUAAGUCAAUGGGAGCAGACCUGGUGAUUAUAGAGAGCCAGACAGAGCAGAUGUUCUUACUCAAGAAGGUCAUGGCUACAGGGAAUGACUACUAGAUUGGUCUGACUGACACAGUUACUGAAGGAGUCUGGCUGUGGGUGGACGGCACUCCUCUCAAUAACGAUAUACAGAACUGGGGAGAUGGACAGCCUGAUGACUGGAAGGUUCUUGACCGAUCUGGGGAGGAUUGUUCUGGUCUUCUAUUCAGGGAAUCUCCACUCUUCCCUAUCUGGAAUGAUGCAUCAUGCACAAAGGACCAAUGCAGAAGAAUUUGUGAAACCAUGGCAGUCAUCAUCAAUAUAUAAACCAAUGCUGUGUUCCAACACCCAUGUACUACCAGCUCACUUGCACUUAAGAGACUAACAGCAUCUCCACUGCCCCAUCCACAGUCCCUCCAGCUACUGCCCAGCCCUGUAGAGUCUGCACCAUUAAUAUUGUAGUACCAUGGUACUAUACUGUGGUGCUUUACCAUAGUACUAUACUGUUGUGCUUUACCAUGGUACUAUACUGUAGUGCUUUACCAUGGUACUAUACUGUAGUGCUUUACCAUGGUACUAUACUGUAGUUCUUUACCAUGGUACUAUACUGUAGUGCUUUACCAUGGUACUAUACUGUAGUGCUUUACCAUGGUACUAUACUGUAGUGCUUUACCAUGGUACAAUUAGAACGGUAAAACGAAAUGAGGAUGUGAUUCUUUUUUUAUUGUUUUAAACUCUUUAUAUUGUAUACAGAACUCAACUCUCAAUGUAAAUGAUGUUUUUAAAGAA